CCAGUGGCCAAUGGACGCGCGCGGCGGAGGGCGAAGGGCGAAGGGCAGGCCGGCGGCGCCGUGGUCGCGGGGCGCGCUGGCUCGUUCCCUCCUUUCCUCCGGCGCUGUUGCCCCUAUCCUCACCAAACAGAACUACAACAUGCCUUAAACAUCUGCUGGCAGUCUUGUGGGCAGACUCCAAUUGAGGGUUGAAAAGUGCAACUUAACAUCAAGGCUGGAGGGAACCUUAGAGACCAUCCGAAUCCAGCCCCUCUUUUCUGCAGCGAAGAAACCAAGAAGCAGAGACAGGAGUGACUUGCUCAAUAACUUUGAGUGAUUGAAUGAUGCUGUUUGGAAAAAUUUCCCAGCAGUUGUGUGGCUUUAAGAAACUCCCAUGGUCAUGUGAUUGCAGAAACUUCUGGGGCUGGUUGAAUGCAGUGUUUAAUAAAGUGGAUCAUGAACGCAUCAAGGACGUGGGACCCGAUAGGGCGGCAUCCGAGUGGCUGCUGCGUUGUGGGGCCAUGGUGCGCUACCAUGGCCAGGAGAAGUGGCAGAAGGACUACAACCACCUCCCAACAGGACCUCUGGACAAAUACAAGAUUCAGGCGAUUGAUGCCACUGACUCUUGUAUCAUGAGAAUUGGGUUUGAUCACCUGGAGGGCCUACAGCAUGUUGAAAAAAUAAGACUAUGCAAGUGUCAUUAUAUUGAGGAUGGCUGUUUGGAGAGACUUGGUAAACUUGAAAAUUUACAAAAAAGCAUAUUGGAAAUGGAAAUAAUUUCAUGUGGGAAUAUCACAGACAAAGGCAUCAUUGCUUUAUAUCACUUAAGAAACCUCAAGUAUUUGUUGUUAAGUGAUCUUCCUGGAGUAAGAGAAAAAGAAAACCUUAUCCGAACCUUUAAGACAGUACUGCCUUCUCUGGAACUAAAAUUAGACUUGAAGUAAAAUAAUAAUAUUCAGUAA